AUGACACCUACCCGCGACAAUGUGCGAAAGAUCACUGGCUUCAGAUGGGUGCUUUUGUGCUCAGCCAUUUAUGCCACAGCUCUCUUGUAUGGGCUCGAUACCACCAUCGCGGCUGAUGUUCAAAGCGCUGUUAUUGAAUCAUUCGACAACAUCUCACAGCUGGCGUGGCUUGGUGCCGGAUUUGCCCUGGGCUCUGUGGCUGUGAUAUUGCCCUACGGCGCACUUUAUAGCAAAUUCUCUUUGAAAUACUUAUACAUCGGAGGCAUAAUCCUUUUCGAGGUUGGAUCCACGCUCUGUGGCGCUGCACCUUCAAUGGGCGCUCUUAUUGUCGGACGUGUCAUUGCUGGAAUGGGCGGCACAGGAUUGUAUCUCGGCGUUUUGAACAACCUCACCGCAUUUACCACCCGCGAAGAAAGAGGAGCUUACAUAAACGGCGUUGGAUUCGUAUGGGGCAUUGGCGCCUGUUUGGGUCCCGUCGUUGGUGGCGCCUUUUACGAUUCAAAGGCCACAUGGCGAUGGGGUUUCUAUAUCAACCUCGUCAUUGGAGCAAUCACUGGCCCCGUCUAUAUCUUUAACCUCCCCAACGUACGCCCCGUUCGCGGAGUUUCAGUAUGGGAUCGAAUAAAGGCUAUCGAUUAUGUGGGAGAUGUACUUAGCGCUGGAAUAUGGGUUUCGUUCUCGCUCGCCUUUGUAUUUGCCGGCGGCGCCUGGAACUGGAAUGACGGCCGUACCAUUGCUACCAUUGUAGUUUUUGGAGUGCUCACAGUUGCAUAUGCCAUACAGCAGUACUAUUGCAUCUUCACAACUCCCGAGACACGCUCAUUCCCGAUUCACCUUCUCAAGUCCCGAACACAGGUUCUAACUGCCGUUUGCUCAGCAGCGUCGUAUUCAGCGCUUUAUAUCCCCGUUUAUUUCAUCCCCAUCUAUUUUCAGUUUAUACAAAACGAUACCGCUCUGAAAGCAGCAGUGCGCCUUCUUCCUUAUCUCCUCGUGGCGGUGGCUUUCAACCUUGGCAGCGGCUAUUUGCUCUCCAAAGUCAAAUAUUAUAUGUCCAUCUAUCUGAUAUCGGGUAUACUUAUCACGAUGGGCGGAUCGUGUCUGUACGUAUACUUGAAGCCCGAAACCUCGACAGUCACGAUUUACGGUCUUGAUGUUAUACUUGCGGUGGGUGUCGGCUUGACAAUGCAAAUUGGGUACGCGGUCGCUACCUUGAAAGUCGAACCAGAUGAUGUCCCUAAUUCGCUCACUAUGCAGAAUGUGAGCCAGAUGGGCGGUACAACCAUUGCCCUUAUCAUCUCUGUUCUCGUCUUUGAGACUGCUGCAGUACGUAAUGUGAGCUCAGUUUUGUCUGGCCAAGGUUUCUCGAAAGAGCAGAUUCAGGCGGCCGUUGCUGGAGCUCAGAGUGCGCUAUUUGAACAGCUAAGUGAUGACACAAAGGCACACGUCAUUUCGGAGAUUACAAAGGCCAUGCAAGCGCCAUUCAUUCUAGUUAUUGUUUCAGGCGCUGUACUUUUGGUUUCUGUUCCCUUCAUGAAGAUGGAGAAGCUCUUUGGAGAGAUCAUUGCUGUCGGUGCAUAA